CUCGAGCCUCGCCUCGGUUCCGGCGCUGGCCGCCGACUCGACUCUGCCUCUCCACCACGACUCGCACGAGCGAUCAAGCGGAUUGGACCAGCAGAUCUCACUCCGCCGGCGCUUUGCUUGCGUUCAACUCCUCCCUCCGGCGAAACCCCAGUCCAGCGCGGGAUCGACGCGCGAGGCCGGGAUCCCGCCGCCCGCCCCGCACCGGCCUCCUGCCCCGGCAGCGGAGCGGUGAGAUUGGGGGUGAGGCGGAGAUGCAGAGCUCCACGCGGCUGACGCUGCUGCUGUGCGCGGCGUGGGCGGCCACGGUGCUCUACGGCGAGAUGGGCGCCUACUGGGCCUCCUACCUCGCGUGCUCGUGGCCCUCGCCGCCGAAUAACCAUGUGAAGAUUGCUGUUGUUGCUGAUCCACAGCUUAUGGACAGCACCUCCCUUGGUCUUCCGUCAAGCUCAAUUGCUCUCCAAGCUGCUGAGUUUUACACAGAUUUGAACAUGAGAAGGUCCUUUCAGUCUGCCAUACUGCCAUUCGAACCUGAUAUGGUCUUAUUUCUUGGUGAUCACUUUGAUGGAGGCCCAUACAUGUCCGAUGAAGAGUGGCAGGAAUCAAUGUUUCGAUUUAAGCAUAUAUUCAGCCUGAAUGAACAGAGAAGAAAGCCACAUAUCCCAAUCUACUACCUGUCAGGAAAUCAUGAUGUUGGUUAUUCAGCAUUUUUCUCUGCUCAUCCUGAGGUGCUUAGUCGGUAUGAAAAAGAAUUUGGAUCAAGAAACUACCAAUUUUCUGCUGGGAAGGUUGACUUUGUUGUCAUUGAUGCUCAAACACUUGAUGCAGGAGCUAGAAAGAGCAAAGAAAGGUCCUCCUCUUGGGAGUUCAUUAAAACUCUAUCCCCAGGUAACACAUCGAAUCCAAAGGUUCUACUAACACAUAUUCCACUCUACCGACCUGAUAACACUCCUUGUGGCCCACAUCGUUCUUCACCUGUUAUAAAUCAGAGGGUAUCCUAUGCUGCCUUCGACCAAGGAAUCACCUACCAGAAUUAUCUAACUAAAGAGACUUCUGACCUUUUGCUAAGCUUAUUGCAACCAGUCCUUGUGCUCUCAGGUCAUGACCAUGACCAAUGCACAGUCGUCCACUCCACUCCUUUUGGGCCAGUAACAGAGCAUACGCUGGGGACAAUAAGUUGGCAGCAAGGAAAUCUCUAUCCAUCAUUUAUGCUGCUAUCUGCUGGGCCCAAGCUGUCACAGAAUUCAACUGAUCUGAAACAUGAGGUCAUGACGAACCUUUGUUUUCUGCCUAAACAAACCCAUAUUUAUAUCUGGUAUAUCUGCCAGUUUGCAAUGACCAUCCUUCUGCUAGUCUUUUGGCCAACCAAUGGUCUGAGCUCUCUUCCUUAUAUGAAUACAUUUGUAAGCUUCAUGAGGUCGGUAGGUGCUGAACUGGUCUCAAGAACCAAAGAAAAAGAUGAUGAGGAAGAUGGUGAAUAUGAAAUGGUUUUUGAUGCGGAAGGGUCCAUGCACCUCGUUAAAAAGGCUGUUGCAAAAGCCCCAAGUGCUAGCUCAGACCCCAGAACUAUAGGACGUGGAAGUGUUGUCGCAAGGGCGACAGCGGGAAAACACCAAUUGGAGCCUGAUUCAUCUAUUCUUGUCGAGAUGGGUUCGGAGAUGACAUCAGAAGAUGGAGCGAAGUUGGCGCGCCCUAGCAAAUCGAAAGUAAGGAAGGUGCUCCAACGGCUGUUCCGCGUCAUCCAGUCGCUAGUUGUCAUUGCCGCUCUGAAUGUCCCCCUGUACAUGAUGCUUCUGUUCAAGGACUGGAUUGACCAUUGAAGUACGUCGGGGCCUAGUCCUUGCAGUUAUUCAGUAGGUUGAUUGAUACCUAUAGAGUAACUGCACACGCGAAAACUAAUUUGGUUUUUGCUGAGGCGUCAAAUAAUAUAUCUAUUUAAUAUGGGCGACCAUGUUGUUUA